UGUUUCCUGCAGACGUCCAGCAGCUGUCGGUGGUGAAGAAGAUCCUCAUGAGCAGCAGGAGGGGAGCUCCAGUCUGGACCAGGAGGACUCUGAGACUGUGCACAUUAAAGAGGAACAGGAGGAACUGUGGAGCAGUCAAACACAUGAGAAUUCACACGGGAGAGAAACUCUUCAGCUGCUCGGAAUGUGGAAAAUCAUUUCAACAAAAGUCUCAUCUGAAGAGAGUUCAGUUCAUCUUCAAGUGUGAAUCAGAAGACGGUCAGAAGAGUCGACAGAUGUACGUCCAGCAGCUGUCGGUGGGUGAAGAAGAUCCUCAUGAGGAAAAAAAUCUAAGCCAAAACAUGAUUAUUCAGACGGGAGAGAAACCCUUCAGCUGCUCUGAGUGUGGUAAAAGAUUCAACAGCAAAGGACAUAUGAGCAGACAUUUGAUCACUCAUAGCAGAGAGAAACCAUUUAGCUGCUCUGAGUGUGGUAAAAAGUUUAACCAUAAAGAAAGUAUGACCAGACACAUGGUCAUUCAUACAAGGGAGCUGCUGCCUUAAAGAGACAGCAGCUAAAACUGUUUCACGCAGAAGCUGAAAUGAGGGAUUUUCCUGGCAUCAGAAAGCUUCUCUGUAGGUUUUACAGCUCUUAAAGUCAUGAAGUCAGUCGUCACAAAGUCGGAACACCCAGCUGAUGCACUCUGAGCUCUCCGUGGAGCAACCAGCUCCAACCUUGACCUGCCGUCAGCCGUGCUGCACAGAGGUGGAGACAGAGUCAGCAGGACGCACAGAGCGCACAUCCAAUGACGAAUAAGAAAGUCAGAGCGCAUUACUUUGAUCAUGACAGUGAGUCUCAGAUGCCACCAUGCUAACCCAACGGAUUCAGGACGCCAGAGCGCAGCAGCCAUCGCGGAAGGUCACUCAAGUGAUGGGUUUGACUCCGGGUCAAUGCUCUCCAUGAUGUCUCAAGAAUAUCUCUUGGAGAUUUUGGUACAAAUAUCCCUUUUGUAAGA